GAAAGCUCAGUUAUUUGCUUGGCUUUACUCUCUUCAGUUUCCUUUCUCUUCAUAAACUUCAUAGAGCGCAAACGAGAACUUAGUUGUGUUGGCAUUUCACAAUGGCAAUAAUUGUCAAUUUACGAACAGAAGUUGACCUGUAGAGAGUGUAAGCUUGGAAACAAGAACAAAUGUUGUUUAACGCCUUUCAAGGCUUGACGAACAAAGCAGCGUCUUUGUCAUACUGUAUCAUGGAGAGGAGGUUCGUUUCUUUUACGGGAUUGCGGGAGAUGUCUUCUAGAGUCCAUUCUGGAGCUAAGAAGAGAUUCAAAGUUCUUAAGGAUGGAACUGUUCUAUUUCCUCACUGCAACAGAAGGCAUAUGCAAAGCAGGAAGACACAUAAACAAUCAGCUCGAGGACAGCAAUAUGGUGUGUUAACUGGAGGCAUGGCACGAAAGAUACGAAGGUUGCUUAAGCGAUAGAGAGUAAAGAGACUACUUAAGUUAUUUGACUUGAG